AUGAAUACUCGUCCGUUGGAUUAUGCUAACUCUGACGAGCCAUCUGGCGAGUUUGUCGUGGUUACGCCUGAUCAAUUGGCUCGUGGAUUUACUCGUAAGCGAGGUUGCGUCCUCGCUGGUGGCUCUUCUACUCUUCCUAUUUCUCACCGCGUUAGAGCAGUGCGGUGUUAUUUCCUGAAUGAGAUGUUCCGCGACAUGAGGAUGGCUGUCGCUCGCUCUAUGGGGUACCAGAGCUUGAAGAACAAGAUCCUGAAGCCUACGAUUGGUGACCCAGUGCUGAUCUACCAUCCGGAAAAGAAGCUGAGCCCCGGAUACCGUUUGGGUCAUGUGAAGGAUCUGCUAGAUGAAG